CCCCCCUUUCCCCCCCAACCACCACAAAACCCACCAAAAUGCUCGCCGGCGCCAUCAUCAUCACGAAAUUCCUCGGCCUCGCCGUCUCAAAGCUUACGGACACCCUCUCCCGCUCGCUCGCCGCCCGCAUCCACCGCCUAACCUACAGGUCCGCGGAAACUCCGAAAAACGUCGUUGUCAUCGGCGCAUCCUUCGCCGGCUACCAUGCCGCACGGCUCUUAGCUAAUUCGCUACCAAGCGGGUACCGCGUCGUCGUCGUCGAAAAGAACUCGCACUUUAACUUCACGUGGUCGUUCCCGCGGUUCUCAGUCGUGGGUGGAAACGAAUGGAAAGCGUUUAUCCCGUACAGCUCGUACCUCCGCGGGGCGCCAGAAGGCAGCUACGAGUUCAUUCGCGACGCUGUAGAUGAUGUGAGUAAGACAACGGUGGUUCUAAGGAGCGGACGAGAGAUUGAGUAUGAGUAUCUUGUUGUGACGACGGGGUGCCAGGCGGAUGCGCCGUCGAGGCUGAAUGCGGAAGAGCGGGACGAUGCGGUCAAGAUUUUGAGAGGGCUGCAGGAGAAAAUCCGGGAAGCGAGCGAUUUCGUGGUUGUCGGGGGUGGGCCUGCGGGGGUGGAGCUGGCGACGGAUGCGAAGGCGCUGUAUCCAAAGAAGAAUGUGACGUUGAUUCAUUCGCGUAAGCGGCUGUUGCAUGCGUUUGGGAGCAGACUUCAUGAUACGGCGAUGGAAGAGUUGAAUAGGCUUGGUGUGAGAGUCGUGCUUGGGGAGAGGCCUGUUUUGACGGACGAGAGUAGUGGGAGUAUAGCUCUUAGUAGUGGAGAGACGGUGGACUUCGACUUGGUGGUCAAAUGUACCGGCCAGAAACCGUCAUCGAGCGUUGUCGCGAAGUUGGCCCCAAACGCGAUAUCCCAAUCAGGAUAUGUGAAAGUAAAACCAACGUUGCAGAUCGAAGACGAUGACUUGAGAAACGUCUAUGCUGCUGGCGAUGUUGCAGAAGCUGGUGGAUAUGGCAAUAGCCGAUCUACCAUGGAGCAGGCAACGGUUGUGGCAGACAACAUCGUCCUAGCUAUCAAGGGAAAGCCUCUGAUUAAGUAUCAUGCUCAAUGGUGGGAGGGAGGCAUUGAACUGACUCUUGGCCUCAACAAGAGCAUGAUGCAUCUCGAAGAUGGAAAGAGAGACAUACAAUUUAACAGGAAGUCGGCUGAUAUGGUAGGGAAAUGUGCACAGUGCUGGAAAUACUUCAAUGCGGGACCGCUUCCUAAUGCGGACCCAGUUGUAUGAUGAACUUGCGUACUGGGAGGCCAAAAAUGACUUGCUAGAUCCCUGUCUAGCUACUCUGGUAUUAAAUGCUUUAAUUAGGAAACAGAAACUCAAAGUGAUGAGUUUUGAUGAGUUAUCGGAUAUUGCCCUCGGACGGUUUCAGAAGAUAUCUGAGUGCCAAUGGACUUCCCGUGCACCCCUCUAGGUCUUCCUUAAUCUAUGCCAUAGCCUCGAGUGUCAAGGUGGCGUGUGGGAGGAUUCGCUAUUUUUGACAUUGCGGUCAGGUAGUUGUACGUCUAGGUAUGACUCCGAGGCGCAGCAUCGGCAUGCUCUCAAGGUCCACUCACUUUCCUACUUUUCUUGACACUCUGAAUUCAUCUCAUGCUUAAAACUUUGCACACUAGAUUGGG